UCGUGGCUCACACUCUUACUUCUCCAACACCGUCUCACUGUGGAGGAGAUCCAACAUUACACUUCACUUAACGUCUCAAAGCCAAUGUGAGAAAGAAAAGCUACCAGAAAUAUUCUUUCUGUUUUUCUAAACUAUAAGCUUAACCUUCAUCACAUUUAAAAUGGUUGUAAAUGAUAUUUUCAUGUGUACUAAGGCCCUUUUGUGACAGCGAGGAUUUAUUAAAACAAAAACCCAAUUCUUGUAUUUUGAGGAAGUUGCUUUGCCAGAAACAGGAAACCCAACACUGCAGUUCAUACCAAACUGCAUAAAGUCAUACAUAGCGAAAGAAUCGAGAGACACAGUAUUUGUGGAACAAACUCAUUGAAGAGGAAUAUGAACGCCCCACUUUUCUUUAUUCUGACUUGGAUAUUUGUAUUUUUCCACGUUUCUGUAUGCUUAGAAAAGGACACUCCAGAUUUAUACCUGGACAACACAGUCUUUGUGGCCUUUGCGGGUGAAUAUCUAUCUAUUGGCGGUACCGUCGUGAAGAGCAAAAACCAAAGUGUAGACAGGAUGACAUGCUCCGAUCCUUUCAAAAAGCUGAUAUUCCGCCGUGACUUCCCUGCAGUGGAUAUCACACGGGAGAUUCCUCUGACUGUGAAGCUAAAAAACGUGACCAUCUCAGGAGAAUACGUAUGCCAGUACCACAACACCAAAGUGUUCUGGUUUCUCCAAGUGAGAAAUCAUGGCUACAAGGAACCCAGAAUUUUUGACAACACAGAAUUAAUCCCAGUGGCCGUCAUCACUGCCACGCUUCUGGUUUUCAGUGUGGCUGGGUCAGUGUAUGUCUUCAGAGGAAAUUGGAAAGAGCAGAUUACUAAAUGUGGCAAAACUGGUGGAAAACAAAACCAGAUCGGAGAAGAAAGGAAGACCAGCGAGACGGAGGAAGACACUGAAAUAAUAACAGCUCCAUCUGCAUCUUUCUACUGUAGUCUACAAGUUCGACCCAGGUCCAUUUAUGACUCGCUGGAACAUUUGAGUGCCGACAAGGAGCAGGACCAAAGAGAGACUAAACCCGACAAGACUGAACCACCAAAUAUGGUCCAGCAAACCAUUCAACUCAAGGAUGAAGAUGUAUUUGAGUCGGUCUAUGAAAACCUUUGAAUCAUAAAUAAAUAAACUUACUUCACCACAGUUGGACAAUUAAAUCAGUUUCAGAGAUCAUGGACCCCCAGUGUCAUUAUCACUGAUUAUCAGUGGAUCAGUAAUAUUUUGAUUUUAAAAACUAGAGUCUAUCUAAAUGUCACAUUUUAAAAAGUACCCUGUAUAAACUGUGGUGAGUAACUUUUACAUAUAAAAAUACUUUAGGAUUCAUUAGACUCAAAACUUGUCAAGUGAGUUCACACAAUGCUGAUUAAGCCUGUCAGCUCCACACAAGUGGUGUUUAAAUCCCAUGUCACUAAAACUGCAAACAGGUUGGAAAAUAAUUGAAAAGAAAAAUGACAUUAGGUUAUACUACUCAAAAACUCAGUCAUUCAGCAGUUUGACAGGAAAAAUGCUUUUUACUCACAAUCCUCCUUCAGUCAGGUCUGAUAGUACUGCUUGGCAGAUAAUGUUUCCUUUUUGUUGAUCACAAAGGACAGAGGCAAAGUAAUACAAAUAGUUACUGCAGCUUUAAAAUGAAAACAUGCCACAAAUGUGUGAUUAGGAAAAAUGUACCACAUGGCCUCUGGCAGUGUUACAUUUGUUAUAAACUGAGGGUUGCACCUUCACUUGUGUCUGUCUCUCUCGAGUGUGUUUACAAGUGUGAUGAACUGCGGCUGUGUAAGACAGUUUCAUCACAAGAUGCUGGAUUCUCCCAACUAUGAAGGGAUUUUUUGUCGCACCACACUGUGUUCCACACAGGAUUCCCCCUCAAGAUCUGGAUGUAACACAUUAUAGUCAUUAUGUUACAUAUGAAGCAUUUCAAGAAAUGAAUUUCCUCCUGGAGCUAAUUUUGUGUAUUCAGUUUUUUUUAAAUCUGAAUCUGUACCAGUAUCUAUAAUUGUUAAAUACAUCUACUGGUGUUAAACAUUAGAAAGUAUGUUUUGAACACAGGACUUAAGAAACUAACACAGGAUUCUGACCAUUACUUUUUCUUUUUUCUUUUUUAAAUCUUCCAAUCUAUGUGUUACUAUCAUGAUUUUGUCUCUAUAACUGUAUGUCUAUAUGGGAAACACAGAUGGAUCACAUAUUUAUUCAUUGAUUUAAUUAGCAGAUGUUUGACUUUUACUAAAGAUUCAUUCAGUAACAUGCAUCAACUGAGGUUGUGAUUCAUUUAUCAAAAACGUAUGUCUUGGAACUAGCUGGAGACAUUUAAAUUUAAAAAGUAAAUAUGUAUUUGGUUAUUUUAUUUUUUAUUGAUUUUAGUCAAAUGGCUCAGUAUAGUAUGUUGUAGUAGUUUUUACUAACACUACUAUGCUUCUAUAAAUAGGUCCCGCCCAUUUGUAUUUGAUGACCAAUGAAAUCGUGAUGUCUAGAUUCCACGAGCCAAUGGCAGCGUUGCUGUCAUUUGGACUUCCUGGUCUUUUUUGGGUUUUGCUGCUACAUCGACCAUGGCUGCUGAGGGAGACUUUCUGGCGAGAUACCGUGCUGUGUCAAACAAACUGAAAAAGCGUUUUCUGCGAAAGCCCAAUGUAGCAGAGGCAAGUGAGCAGUUUGGUCAGUUAGCCAAGGAGCUAAAGCAGCAGGACUGUCUGCAGUAUGCAGCCUUUUGUAACCUUGCCAUGGCUCGGUGUGAGCAGACUCUUUUUAAUGCUCCCGGAGAAGCCUUGGCAUUAACUGAUGCUGCUCGCCUCUUCCUCUCAUCUGAGAAGGAGAACAGGGCCCUGCAGGCCCCAGGCUUUGAUGAGCACCUUCAGGCUGCGCUUAACUGCUACAGCUUUGCAAUUAAGGUGUUCAUUGAGAUGAACCAGCCUGUGAUGGCAGCCAGUCUGUGUCUAGAACUUGGAAAUGCUCUCAAGGAGAUGAACAGACCAGGAGAGGCCAUUGUUCAUUAUCAGAGGGCUGCAGAGUUGCAGACACAAACACCCAUUGAAGCUCUGCUGUCAAUGGGGGAAAUAGCCACAUGUAAAAUUCUUACCCGUGACUAUGAUGGUGCUUUGUCAAUGUUCACAGAGAUGCAGUUGAUGUGUCAAGAGAGAGGGUUGCAGCUGCCAGGCACCAGCACCCUUGUUGGUGCAUUUCUAGACAUUGUGGCAAAAUGUGAGAUCUCCAGGGUACUGCUGCUGAUGCUGCUGGAGCCUCCUCCUCAAAAGUUGUUACCAGAACAUGCACAGACCCUGGAAAAAUAUGCAUGGGAGUCCUUUGACCCUCACAGCCAAGUGACCUUCCUGCCUGAGAAUGUUUUCCUGCUCUUGCAGUCAGUCGUGAUGGCAUGUCAGGAGAAAGACACCGAGUCCCUCAAGUCUCUUCAGACUGAGCUGUGGCCACUUCUGACAGCUGAGCAAAACCACCUUCUCCACCUGGUGGUUCAGGAGCGAAUCACGCCGUCUGGCCAAGGCAUUUAGUUCAGUCCAGUUUUUAUUCACUUCCUCUGGGAACAAUACCUCAGAUAAUGGAACAUUCCUCUUUCUGACUGGGUCUGUUUUAAGGCCUGAAGAUCUUCAAUGUUAUAACUUAAUUCAGACAAAUGCAGACAACACAAAAAUGUGCCCUUAUAUUGCACAUAUUUAGAAACAGGAAGUAGUAUUUUAAAUCGUGUGUGCUCUAACCUGAGUGAAAGCUAUAAACUGAUUUGUAUGUAAUAGAGACCUUGUGGAUAUACCAGUUGAACAGAUGACACACCCAUACCUAGAGUUAUUUGUUUUAUUAAUAAAUGAUAUGGCUUUAUUCCAAUGUAAUUACAAACAAAACCUUCUAUUGUCUAAAUCUGUAAGAUUGGUGAAAUGAAACACCAUUGUCCUCCAUCCCUGGUUCACUUUAUGUUCACUUGUACAAUUUUCAUGUACUUUUCAUAGGAUAGCAGCCAACUACAGACAUAAAAUCAAACAUGAUAAAAAAACAAAACACUGCAUACAAAAUGUUACAAAAAUAUAAUGGUUACAAUGUGCAUAGAUAAAAAAGGAUACACUAUACUUCAGUUGUAAAAUAAUGAUACAUGAUUAAAUCUAAUUGUACUGUGAA